AUGAUCUCCAAAAAGAUUGAUAGCGACUUGCAAGGCCUCACCCCAUCCCCAGUUACUCCAUUCAACCUCGACGGUGGUGUCGACUAUGCCGCCAUCCAACGCCUGGGUUCACGGCUGGACAGUAUUGAAAGUGUCAAGCACAUCGUCAUCCUCGGCCAACGCCCGGAAGAGCAAGUCUCCGUCAUCACCGACAUCACUGCUGAAGGCACGGAGGUCGCUGCUUUGGAAGCUAAGUUUGCCGAAGCAGUGGGCGAUUCCGCUGGUCUCCCUAUAUCCCUCUACGGCUAG